GAUAUCACGCACGUUUGUCUUCAAUACGAUUACGUGUUUCGCUAAACUUGUAUGCAAUAAGUGUAAUAUUAUUCAUUACUACUGGUAACUCAAUAUCGUUUAUACAGUGAUAAACAUCGAUAAAGUCGCAGUGUUAAUUUUAUAUUGAAAGUUUAAGUGUAUUAUUAAAAUAAAAAAGAAAUAAAAAGUGUUAAAAAAAUGGUAAUGGAGUCUGCACAGCCCAAUGGGCGGUUUUGGCCAUUAUCCCCGCGUUUAUGGCGUCGUAGCAGCGAAUAUUCAAAAGUCGUAUUCGAACCGAGACGACCUCCGACAUCGCCGAUCGAAAUACGAAAGCAUGGAAGAAUUGACGAAACGCCAGAUUUGUUACGAUCUAGAAGUUUCAUUAAUGAUAAGUUAGAUCAUUUGAAUCUGGAAGAAGAAAUAGAACUAAGGAACAGUCUAGAAGAUAAGUGUAGAUGGAAUGUAGAUUCUAAGAAGCCACCAGUUAAAGAAAGUAAAAAGGAUGACGUUGUGAAAUUGAGAUCGAAGAAACAAAGGCAGCCCAGGCCGAACAGUCUCCAGCUGUUACUCUGCCCUUCAAGUUCAGGACACUAUAGCAGUAACACAUGGAGAUACACCAGGGUUCGAUCAAAAAGCCAUGAGCCCGAGGGCGGCGGCCGGUGUGGCGAGGGGCCGCUAGCGCGCGCGAUGCAGCCCACGCCGCAGGGCGGGUCGCCCAAGCGUCACGCCACACCUGCGUCUGGGCACGGAGCGGCAACAGAUCCAUCAACGUUGAAGGUGCACCUGCCGAACGGUGGGUUCAACGUUGUAAGAGCGUCUGCUGACGAGGAUGUGAGAUCAGUAUUGCGAUGUCUCGCCGCCAGGCUAGCGUCGGGCGACCGGGUGUACUCCUCGUGCUACGCGCUGCGUGCACGCAAGCUCACCAGCGGAAAGAUUCGAUGGAUACAUCAAGACACGCCGGUAUCAGAGCUCAUAACAAAAUGGCCGGCGAGCGAGUGGCGCUUGGAGUUGCGCGUGCGUUAUUUACCCGCAAAUCUUCGCGACCUUUGUGACUCGGACCGCGUCACCUUCCACUAUUAUUACGAUCAGGUCCGACAUGACUACCUCAAUGCCAAUCAUCCGACGGUGGACCAGGACUUGGCGAUACAGAUAUGUUGUUUAGAAAUAAAAUAUUUCUGCAAAGACAUGCAGAUCUCUUUGGACAAGAAGUCCAAUAUCGAGUACCUGGAAAAGGAAUUCGGUUUGCACAAGUUCCUGCCCAAGACCGUGCUCGAAGCGAUCAAGCCGAAAGUGCUGAAGAAGGCCAUACAGCAGCAGUUUAAAAAGGUGGCGAACCUGAGUGACACAGACUGCAUGUUGAAAUACCUCGAAACGAUGCACACGCACUACGGCUGCGACCGCGAGACGUUCACGGGCGCGCUCGGCUCCGGCUGGGCGAUACCCGUUGAGCUGGCGAUUGGACCUGACAUAGAUAUAUCGUACGUCUCGCAUAAAGCCGGUGAACCCCCAACCUACACGAAGAUAGCAUCGUUCAGCGACAUCGUGGCGGUGCAGACUUUGAAGUCAAACUGCACCCAACAGUCUCAGACGCAGACCAAUUCGUCGUGCGGUAAAGCGGCGCUACAGUUGCGAGUGAAGGGCGCCACAGAAACGUUAACUAUAACGUGCAGCAGUGUUGAGGCUGCAGAAAGCUUAGCAGAUUUAGUAGACGGGUAUUGUAGACUAGUGACAGACUCGCAAACAUCUCUUUGGAAUCGUACAACCGAGAUGAGUAGCAGUUCGUCUGAAGGCAAGACGAGCUCGUGGGAGGCGCACACCACCGCCACCGUGCUGGAGGACUACGCGGAGAUCGUGGACGACGAUGCGGACUACUCCACACCAGCUGUUCGGGACUACGAGUUGGUUCGUAAUCAAAUCGAACUCACGGGUAUCAUCGGGGAAGGACAAUUUGGUGACGUACACAAAGGCACGUGUCGCGUGGCGGGCGGCGCGGCGCCGUCGCUGCGGGCGCGCGCGGGGCGCGGCGCGGACUGCGUGCUGCCCGUCGCCGUGAAGACCUGCAAGCUGGACGCCGACCUCGACACCGCCGAGAAGUUCCUCGAGGAGGCCUAUAUAAUGCAGCAGUUCUCCCACCCUCACAUAAUCGGCCUGGUCGGUGUGUGCAGCACGCCGCCCAUCUGGAUCGUGAUGGAGCUCGCCACACUGGGGGAGAUGCGCGCCUACUUGCAACAGAACGCGCACAGAUUAGAGACAUGUACAUUGGUGCUGUACAUCUACCAGCUGUCGACCGCGCUCAGCUACUUGGAGAGCAAGAAGUUCGUGCAUCGGGAUAUUGCCGCUAGAAAUGUUCUCGUCUCGACGGCUACGUGUGUUAAGCUGGCGGAUUUUGGUCUAUCGAAAAUGGUGGAAGAUAAAUCGUACUACAAGGCGUCGAGAGGCAAAUUGCCCAUCAAAUGGAUGGCUCCCGAAUCGAUCAACUUUAGACGGUUCACGUCCGCGUCGGAUGUCUGGAUGUUUGGCGUCUGUAUGUGGGAGAUCCUGAUGCUGGGCGUGAAACCGUUCAGUGGCGUCAAGAACAAUGACGUGAUCGGCAAACUGGAGAACGGAGAGAGACUGGCGCUACCUCCACGCUGCCCCCCCAGGCUCUACUCCGUCAUGUCGCGCUGCUGGGCGUACGAGCCCUCCCAGCGACCCACCGCGCACCAGCUCAAGGAGACUCUCUUUGAGAUCCUGCAGGAGGAGCGCAACACGGCAUGGGACACCAUGCGGCGGGAGAACCGGAGAGUGGCCGCCGCCUCGUGGGGAGACGAGCCGCCGCCCAAACCCUCCAGACCGGCCACCAACCUCACUGGAGCGUCGGAGGGUGGCGGGCCGCAGACGUACAUCGUGGCGCAGAACCCGCAGGUGCUGGCGCAGCUGCUGCGCGACAACCCGCGCGCCGACCCGCACGCCUACACCACGCCCGCCUCGGUAUUCAACACGCUCGCCGUCGACUUCGCGCAACCCGACCCCGCCCUCGCCGACCCCCCCGCCCUGCCCUCGCCCCCGCUGGCCACGCGCCCCAUCCCCGUCACGCAGCUCCACCGCCUCGACCCCCUGGCCCCCUCGCCCCCCGCCACGCUUGCCGGCCACGUGGCCGCGCCCGACAGCUGCGACAACCUGUGCGCCAACCCCGCUCCCCGCACGCCCGGCACUCCCCGCGCGCCCUCCCCCGAGGACCCCCGCGAGUCGUACCCCAGCCGGGUCCGCUCCCUCGAACGUAGCCCCCGAAUCGUCGAACGCGGUCCGAUCCGAAUGGGCUCCCUCGAACGCAACAGAGGCAGCCUAUCCCACCGGGGCUCACCGGUCCCCGUCGCCCCCUUCGCUCGCCAGCACUCGGUGCCCGCGUCGCCCCCGCCGAGGAGUAGGCGCGACCAGGACAUAGGUCAGUUCUCGGUGCAGGGAGCGAUAAACGCCCAGCUGGCCGCCAGCGUGCUGAACAAGAUCCGGCAGCAGCCCGAGCCGGCGCUGGUCGAGGAGAUAUACGACUUCGGCGGCGACAAUGUUAAAAGUUGCGUCGCCAUCGCCGCGCAGAAGGCGGGCCUCGCCAAGAGCCAGUUCCGGCCGGUCGCGGCCGGCAUGGCGGCGUCGCACCCGGCCGCCUACCCGGUGCCGGUGGGCGUCGUGACGGCCGUGCAGUACGGCUGUCCGAUCCGCCCGGCACAGUCUCAGCUGACCAAAGCUAGCCACGUCCGGCCGGCCAGCCCGCUGGUCGCGGCCGACGCCCAGCAGAGUCCUGAGUUCGAUACGGAGCAAGCAGUCGAGAGGAGGCUACUGGCGGAGCUGGCGAGACAGCAACACCAGAGCGAGGAGGACAGACGAUGGCUGCAAAUGCAAGAGGACAAUUUGAAACGUCUGUCCAACGUCCAGCUCGCGCCGACGGACGCGGACGGGGAGAAAGCAGACGCCGCUCAGCCUGCCGCACAGGAGACGAAGUCCACUAGUCAACCACAUUCCGCUACGAAUUCGUCAGAGACGAGUCCGGCGAACACCGUUAAAUCCAAAGAAAACAGACCGCCCAGCGAAGAUAAGGGCGCGGUGGAGCCGGUGUACGCGUGCACGACGGAGGUGGUGCGGCGCGUCAUGCGGCUGGCGGGCGCGGCGGGCGCGGCGGGCGCGGCGGGCGGGCCCGCGCCGCCCGACGCGCUGCUCGGCGCCGUGCGCGCCGUGGGCACGCAGCUGCGCGCGCUCUGCGCGCUCGUCGACGCGCUCGUCGCGCUCUACCCGCCCGCCGCGCAGAGGGAGGUGGAGAUGGCCCACCAGGUGCUGAGCAAGGACAUGGCGGCGCUCGUGGAGGCCAUGCGGCUCGCCAUACACUACGGCCGGACCACGCUGCAACACGACUACACCAAGAGCAUGCUCGCAGCGGCGCACGUGCUGGCCAUGGACGCCAAGAACCUUCUGGACGUGGUGGACUGCAUCCGCGAAAGACACCCGCACGUGGAUUGGCGCGCCGCUCUCGCCGACGAAGCCCCGGCCUGUGCCCCACGCAACCAGACCCUUAGCUCGCAGAACCAGGUGUACGCGCCGCAGUGUCGAACGCUCACGCCGCAGAACCCUGAGGUCGCCGAGGAGCCUCCGCGACCGGACUUUCGAAUCGAUCGGCCCGUCACCGUCGCUCCGAGCCGGCUCGAGCCCUCCGAUCCGGCGCCCAAGGAGCACAGCAGUCUGCCGGCCGCCUCCAACCGGGUGUCGACGCUGAUCCACAACUACAACCUGUACGGCAACGUCCGGGAACCGCAGCACGUGUACGGGAACGAGGGCGUGCCCUUCCAGCACUCGCAGUCGUGCGACGAGUCCAAGGUCGACCUGGCGCCUCUGGAGUCGGUCAAGAGUCGCGUCCAGGCGAUAUCGGGCAAGAUCGAGUCGCCGAUGUACCCGGUCGGCAAGAAGCCGGUCCCGAUCGAUCAAAACGUCGCUCCCGGCGACCGGGGCUGAGGCGGCCGGUGAGCGGAGGGAUCGAUUUUAGUUCGCUUGUAGUGCCAGUUUGUUUGACGGUGUCUCCUCGGAAGGUCGGAAGCUUUACUGUUGCGAGGCUAUAACGCAUAGUGACUAGUACUUACAGAUAAUAAUCAAUGGGUUUACUUUAUACUGAAGUAUACAAUGCCGCUUAAGAUUUUUUACUUUAGAUCUAUUUAGAAGCUUCAUAAAGACAAUCUCUCGUUUGCUCAAUGUCUUAGCGAAUGUUGUGGAUUUUAUGAUUUAGCGAAAAUUUACUCCUCGACUAUACGUGUAUGUGUACUGUUAUAUAAACUAUGAUUCAUUUAUUGGACAUUCGGAGUUUAUGUAAUUUAAAUGUUUUCGUAUCUCGACGGUGUGAUUCGAUUUAACAGGUUAUCUAUCACACAGUUUAAUAAGAUACCUAAAUUUUCGAAACCAAACAUAAAACCAUUUUUUUUAUUUUUGUUGUCUGUGAACAGAUCAUUUAAAAAUGAAAAUUUAUUUACAACUGUUAAAAGUCAAAUUAGACUUGUUUUUUUUAAAUUUCAAAACUAUUAAACAAUUAAAUUUGGUUAGAAAACCUAUAAUAAACGUAACAUAUCAUCGGCAUUGUUUCGCUUCAAGUUAAAUUUAUAAUCGUAUUAUCCAUGACGCUUCAUACAUUGUUGGUCUACAUAUCUAUAUAAUACAGAACUAUGUGUAUAUUAUUCAUUUACAAUAUAUCCCACUUUUCAUAUUAGACCUCGUGAACAUAAUUAUUCAUUCUAUAACAUAUUAAAAUUGAUUUGUUAUAAACAUUGCCAAUAAACAUUAAUUUAAUACCUUAAAAUAAAAGUGUUAUCCACGGAAUUAUACCUUCAACUGUCAAUAUGACAGCUGUUGUUCUGUAAUAUUUGUGGGACGUCAAAUUUAAUUCUAUUGCGAUCCAAACCACUCAUAUGUUAUUGAUAAUGAUUAUAAAACUGCCUCAGAACAAUAAAUAUUAAACAUCGUUUUAUGAUUAUAAUAUAUUAUAGUAUUAUUUUGUAAUGUUACUGUAUUAAAAAAAAAUGUAUAUUAUUAUUUAAGGUGCGUAAUCUGUCACAACAUUGCAUUUAUUUUCUCGACAAAUUCGUACUCAGUAUUUUAACUGAAAUGAAUAUAUUUUUCUUUGUAAAAAUGUACAAAACAAAUCGAUUGUCCAUAAUUAUUUUAACUUUUAUCCAAAGUUUUAUUAUAAGCGUAGAUCUCAGACGGAAUUUUGUAGAGUUAGAUUCAUUUAUUUGAUUAGUUGUACAAUUGUAUCAGAAUUUAUUUAUUGAUGAAUCUUCUCGGUUUAAUUUGUAAAGUUGUUUUAUAAUGUGUUUAGAGUAAGCAGGAUGUCAUUCCAAAGUAUAUGAUAUUGUAAACAAGCUCUUAGUCCCUGUAUCGUAGUCGUGAGCUGGUCGAGAUUAUUUUACAAAUAUCCUAUAUAACGUGGACCGGAUUUUGUUUAUGCAUUAAACUGAAUAAAGGACAGG